UCUCUGGUCUCUCACACGAAGAGAAAGAUGACCAAGUUAAGAACUCUUUCGAUCAUCAUAUUCUCAUACACAUGUCUCUCCCUAUACUUCCAGUUAAUCUCCACCGUCCGAUUCAACGACGGAGCGAGCAGGCAUGAUCAUCACCGUCCACAGACCGUCGUGAGUAGUAGUAGUCUCCGGACCAAACCGGAGAAGACUGUGGUGUUAGAGGCCGGUGGAGCGUUCAAGAUAGCUCUCUUUGCAGACCUUCAUUUCGGAGAGAACUCGUGGAGCGAUUGGGCUCCACUUCAAGAUGUGGCCUCAAUCGAAGUCAUGUCCAAUAUACUUGGUUAUGAAAAUCCAGAUUUUGUAGUGUACUUGGGAGAUGUGAUAACAGCAAACAACAUAGGAAUAGAAAAUGCAAGCUUGUAUUGGGACCAGGCAAUUUCCCCAACAAGAGCCAAGGGAGUUCCAUGGGCUACUGUGUUUGGGAACCAUGAUGAUGCUCCUUUUGAAUGGCCUAUUGAGUGGUUUUCACCCCCUGGUGUUCCCCAACUUCUCUGCCCUCCUACCAAUUCCACUACUUCAUGUCCAGGAAGAGAAGAGUGUAGCUUUAAGGGCACCUCUCGGGUGGAGUUGAUGAGAAAAGAGGUUGAGAAGAAUAAUAAUGUGUUGUCACAUUCCAAAAGUGGGCCUAAAGAGCUUUGGCCAAGUGUAUCCAACUAUGUCAUUCAACUCUCAUCAUCCGAGGAUCCACAAUCACCUCUGGCAUUUUUCUAUGUCUUGGACUCUGGGGGUGGUUCUUAUCCACAAAUUAUAUCAAGUGCUCAAAUAGAAUGGUUCAAAUCUACCACUCAAAACAUUAACCCUAGUUCAAGGGUGCCAGAGAUUAUUUUCUGGCAUAUACCAAGUGAAGCAUAUGAAAAAGUGGCUCCAAAUUCUACCAUACAAAAACCUUGUGUGGGUUCAAUUAAUUAUGAGAGAGUGGCUUCGCAACAAGUUGAAACGGGUAUGAUGAAACUUCUUGUUGAAAGGCCCUCUGUCAAGGCAGUAUUUUCAGGACACAACCAUGGGUUGGAUUGGUGCUGCCCGUACAGCCAACUUUGGCUUUGCUUUGCUCGGCAUAGUGGGUAUGGUGGGUAUGGAGGUGAGUGGGCUAAAGGAUCAAGAAUACUGCAAAUCACUCCCCAUCCUUUCUCUAUAAAAUCUUGGAUAAGAAUGGAAGAUGGUCAUGUCCAUAGCCAAGUUGUCCUCUUUAAUAGGUCUUCUACCUGAUUUUUUUUAAUAUUGUUUUAACAAAUUAAUUAGAAUGAUUAAUAAUUUAAUAAGAAGAUGUAAUUUUGAAGAAUGUUAUCAUGUGUAAAAUAAUUUUUUUUUUUUUUAAAUGUUAAAUUUCUUUACGUGAUUUGCUAAAUUGAAUUGACACAAUUAGUGCGUGUUUUGAAACGAUUCCAUCUAUUGGUUUUGAAUUUUA